AUGUAAACACCACCUCCUCCACCUUAUGGCUACACUCCAGGAUAAUAUCCUCCUCCUCCUCCUCCUGCAUAUGGAUAAACUCCCUACCCUCAAUAGCCUGGAUAUUAGCCACCUCCUACUGGCUAUCCUUAUCCACCUACACCUGGUUAUCCCCCUCCUGCUGGUGGAUAUCCAUAACCAGGAUAUCCCCCUGCUCCUGGCUAUCCCCCUGCUCCUGGUUAUCCUCCUGCUGGUUAUCCCCCUACUGGUUAUCCUCCUACUGGCUAUCCUCCCUAACCAGGUUAUGUUCCCCCUCCUAAUUAUACUUAACCAUACCCACCUUAAUAGUAACUUAUUUAUAUUAAUAUAGAUAUCCUGGUUAAUUUCCAGCAACUGCAAUGGUUAUUCCAUAAGGAUAAUAUAAUUAUGCUGGAGGAAAUAUUUAGAUAAAAAUAAGACCUAAUUGCUAUUUGUAUAAUAUUUUUUAAACAUCAGAUGUGGAGGGACUGGUUUUUAUAUGAAAAAAUAUAAAAGAAAGCAAUGCAAAGAUUGUUUAUGGGCUAUGGGAGUCUGUUUAAAAUGUAAUGGAACUGGAUGGAAUAAGAAGGGAAAGGUUUGCAAAUGCAAAAUGUAUAAAAUAUAUUGAAUCAUUCAAAUAAAAUAUUUGAUUCCAUCUUUAAAAACUUUGCUUCGAUAUUUUUUGAUGUAAAUUCAAAUAUUUAGAGUCUGUUUCCCAUAAUUCAACUUUUAGGUUAGCUUCAUUUUUUUAAGAGAUUAUGCUUUAGCAAUUUAUAUGUUGUUAAAUGCUUCUAUUUAAUAUAAUAUGUUUAAAGAAGUGUUUAUGGUAAGAUCAACAAUGUGUUGAUAUUAUUGAGUUUGAACUUGUAUUGUAUUUAAUAAUAAUUAUUUGUUUUGUAAUAAAUGGCAGAUGUUCAUUCUUAAAGGAAAAGUGUGUAAAAGGUAUGAUAUCAUUCCAAAAUAGUAAGCAUAUAUUGAUGAUCUAUUCACAAAUGACAAUGAACUUGAUGAAGAUAAGGAUUUAAUAAAAUAAUACAACACUGCUAAGAGAGAAAGAAAAACAAUUGAAGCACACAAACAAUUACUUGAUAAUAGAGUAGCAUUGUUGAAAUAAGAGGAAAUUAGAACAUUAAAAAAGAUAGAGGAGACUCGUAAAAAGGCUUUGGAAAUUUAUUAUCUUAAAAAAAAGAAUGAAGAAAAACUGAAAAAAGUAAAUCUACUUAAUUCAAUAUUUUAGAGAGAAGAAGAAAAAGAACAAUUAUAGAAGAAAUAAGAGCAAUAAUAAUAAAUUAGAAAAUAGCAAGAGAGAGAACAUAAAUUAUUAAUUGAAAAACAUAGAAAUGAUAAAGUAUAAAAAGCAUUUAUUAUCAAAUAAUAAACAAGACAUAAUGAAGUAAGGAAAAUGAGUUCUUAAAAAUAAUCAUUAACAACUCUUAAAUAAAAAAAUUAGAUAUUUAGAGAAUCAAGAGAUUUGAAUAGAGUGAAAGAAAGAAUUGUAAUGGAAAAAAGAGAAGCUAUAAGAGAAUAAUUAGGAAAGAAAUUAGAGUUUGAACAAAAGUUAAAGGAUGGAAAAUAAAAAGGUAAUUAAAUAGCAAUAAUUUUUAGAAAUUGAACAAAUUGAAACAUAUGAAAUGGAUUUGUUAUAAAAAUUACAAAACACUUAAUAAAUGUAAAAAACUGCAUUUGAAGAAUUAGAAUCAGCUUUAACAAUGACAGCUAAAGAAUUUGCAGAAAAGUAUCUUUAACCAAAAUAAAAAGAGUAAUAAACAAAUAAUUAUAUUUAGAGAUUAAAAUAAAGAUUUAUCAAAUUUUAAUACUGAUGAGGAAGGAAUUUAAAAAAAUUAAGAUCGACCACAUAUUGAUGAAUCUGAUAAAGAUUAAUCUUCUAAAAUAUCUAUUGAAUAAAUCAAUGAAAUAAAUGAACCGAAUAUAUAAAAUGAUUCUAAUAAGGAUGAUAAUGGAGAUUAAAAUGAUAACUUAAAUUAAGGAAUCAAAGAACCUGAAAAUAAAUAAGAUGAAUAGAAUAAUUAAUAGUCAAUACAUGAUGAGGAAAAUAAUUAAAAUUAAUAAAACAAUUAAAAUGAGAUUCCAAAUGUAUUAGAUUCACCAAAAAGUUAAGAAAAAGAAGAUAAUGAAUAAUAAGAAGAGGAAUAAUGA